CUCCAUCACUUGCUGCUUCUGCUCUCCUAGAACACAUUUUCGCAGGGCCAAAACUUUGUACGCUCCACAGGUCCACAGGUCCCAAGAUGAAAGGCAUGCUGGGAGUUUUGGUGUGUGCAGCUGCACUGCUGACGGGGCAAAGCGCUGCAGGGGAUGACCCUUUGCAAGUGACAACUAUUCUGAAUGAGCCGUACACCAUGACUAAGGGCAGUGGUCUGGAGGGCUACUGUGUGGACCUGCUGUCGGUGCUGUCUAAGAAGCUGGGCUUCAAGUACCAGAUGAACCUGGUCAAGGACGGGCGCUAUGGGCGACCCGACGCCUCGGGAAACUGGAACGGCAUGGUGGGGGAGGUCGUCAGAGGGGAGGCGGACCUGGCGGUGGCGGACCUGACCAUGACGGCGGGUCGUGAGGCGGCCGUGGAGCUGAGCAAGCCCUUCAUGCAGACGGGCCUGAGCUUCAUCAUGCCCCGCGACAUGGCCGCUGCCUCCACGGGCUACUGCGACCUGCUCAGCCCCUUCUCCACGCACGUCUGGGUCGGCAUCCUCGUCUCCUACCUGCUCACCUCGCUCUGCCUCUACCUAGUCAGCAGAAUCAGUCCUCAGGAGUGGGAGGGUCCUGAGUCAGAGGACAGCAGCUUCAGUCUCCCACACAGCUUCUGGUACAUCGCUGGAGCCCUCACACUCCAAGGUGCCGGCCCCCAUCCCAAGUCCGUGUCUGGCCGCCUCAUCAGCGCCAUCUGGUGGCUGUUCUCCAUAGUGCUGCUGGCCACCUACUUCAGCCGGGUAAGUGCCUGGCUCCAGUCGGACCACAGCCACCUCAGCAUCGAGAACUUCCAUGACCUGGCCGAUCAGAACGUCAUUGAGUACGGCACAGUGGACGGAGGCUCCACUCUGCAAUUCUUCAAGACAUCCCAGAGUGCAGUGUACCGCAAAAUCUAUGAACACAUGGAGAGGCGCAAGUCCCUGGUGUCCAGCUCGGAGGAGGGCAUCCGGCGCGUGCAGGAGGGCAACUUUGCCUUCAUCGGGGAGGCCGUGUCCCUGGACCUGGCCGUGGCACGCCACUGUGACCUGGUGCGCAGCCCCCAGGUGAUCGGCAUGAGGAGCUACGGCAUCGCUGCACCUCUGGGCUCUCCCCUGGUCAAGAACCUGAGCACGGCCAUCCUCCAGCUGAGCGAGUCCGGGGAGCUGGACUACCUGCGCUCCAAGUGGUGGGCCAGCGGGUGCAUCGCCCUCCCGGCGCAGGCCGAGGCCCUGACCCCCGCCACCCUCAAGGGCCUCUUCCUGCUGCUGGCCCUCGGACUCGCCGCCGGCUUCGCCUGCGCCCUGCUGGAGCUGGGGGCCCAGGCACGCACGCACGCCAAGGAGCAGAAGAAGUCAUGCUGCUCUGUGCUAUCCGCUGAACUGAGCCAGAGACUGAGUGGCAAUGCAGAGAAGGCUACAGAGGAACCGUCAGACAAGAGCAAAGCCUAAACGCUCUACCAGGAGAAAGAGUCACAGCAUCAGUAUUGCAAAUAACACAAUACAGAACAUUGCGACACAACAAAACACAACAUAGCACAGCACAAGACAAGACAACACAAUCCCGACACCUCACCACAGAAUAUGGCCCCAAGCAAUACAACCCAAUACAGCAAAUGCAAAAAGAAUAUAACGCCACCAAAAUACAUCCCUACUUCUCUACACACAAACAAACAAAUUAAAGAAUAUGCCAUAUUCAAAAGAGAGAGCAACUGACUGAAGAGGCGCGUCUAUAGCAAAGAAAUAUGAAUGUUGAAUUUGUGUGUACACCCCAAACUGUAAACAGUAAAUACAGAAGGUUAUUGUCAUGUAAGUGUAUGAAGACAGUCAAUUCAGUCCAAAUGAUCACGUGAAUCAGGUCAAAUUUGAAGACACCUCUGCAGCUGACCUACAUGAGUUCCUGGUCCAGAACCAAUCAUGUCCUGUCAACUGGGUCACAUAAUCCCCUCAAUGGAAUGGAAUGUGGACUUUCCCAACCUGUGAGCUGUGACAAUGACCAAACCUCACAAUUGUAUCAAGACAAAGCUUUCUAAUCAUUUUUGUAGGUCUACUGAAGUACCUUCAUUAGGACUGUAAUGAUAUUGUAGAAAUGAGCUGAGAAAUCGUGAUAUGCAGAGUCAAGAUACUAUAUUGUGGCGCAAGAAGGCAGUAUCGUGAUGCGCACUUUCACAAUUCAAAUACCCUUCAAUCGAGAAAACAAAAACAAAAAGCAAAUUAAUUCAUUUAAAAAGAUACCUUUUAAAAAUUGUUGUGCGUAUCGAUCUGUACAACAAAAUUCAUGAUGCGAACCGAAUCGUCAGUUGAUUGUAUCGUUACAGCUCUACCCUUUAUGUAUCUUUUUAGGAAACACUUCUGUGUUGUCUACUACUAAUAACUUUCCACUUUUUUAUACUUCUGUGUUUCAUUAGUUAGACAAGUUAGUGUCACUAGACUACAUUUUGAGAUACUUCUGCAGCAUUAGCAGGAUUGCUUUUUAAUGUUUAUUUUUGUUGUCGUUCCUACAUCGCCAAUAGUUUUAAUUGGUACGUUCACACAUUAUUCUGUGUUUAUUUUAAGUUCUCAUUUAGUUGUGCAAGAGCUUUUUUUCCCUGUCUGUUCAUGUGCCAGUAAAGCUGUGAAUAAUGAAGACUGUUGGCCUGUUGGCACUACAGCGGCCCUCCUAAAGCGGCGUACACACACAAAGCUAGCUUUUCGCUUGCUCGCCUACUGUUGGCCUGUUGGCACUACAGUGGCCCUCCUUAGAACCCCUAUUAGGACAGCAGCUGAUUUCUGGCCAGGCAAGGCUCUAUAGCAGUGUUUCUCAAACUUUUCCAGACCGAGGACCACUUUGUCCACCCCAAAAUGUUCAGGGACCACCUGUCAACUGAAUUGACAGUUGAGGGGUGCUUAUUUGACCCUGCAAAACCGAUCACUCACUUUUUAUUCACAUUACAAGCCUGCCUUAUUGUGGUGAAAAUAAUACUUCAGCUAUGUUUAGCUUUGUAAUUAUGUUACAAAUAUAGCCUACCGCUAGCUCGUCUUGGAAAAGUAGACAUCCCCUCGCGGACCACCUGAGCGAUGUGGCGGACCACCAGUGGUCCCCGGACCACAAUUUGAGAAUCACUGCUCUACAGGCUAUUCCUUUUAGCAAUGCCAUUAUGUCCAUGCCAGUCCAGCUGCAGGCCCGAGCCUGAGUCUUUGUUUCCAGUUGAAGCCGGUGCAGUGCUAGGGCUCAGUCUGUGAGAGAGGGAGAGAGAGAGAGAGAGAGAGAGAGAGAGAGAGAGAGAGAGAGAGAGAGAGAGAGAGAGAGAGAGAGAGAGGGAGGGAGAGAGAGAGAGAGAGAGAGAGAGAGCCAGAGCCUCCAUUUAGUUAUUUAGUUUGAGCCAGUGCAGUGCUAGGGCUCAGUCUGUGAGAGAGGGAGAGAGAGAGGGAGAGAGAGGGAGAGAGAGAGAGAGAGUGCCUCCAUUUAGUUUGAGCCGGUGCAGUGCUGGUGCUCAGUCUCUGAAAGAUAGAGAGAGAGAGAGAGAGAGAGAGAGAGAGACCGAGAGAAAAAAAGAGAGAGAAAAAGAGAGAGCAAGAGAGGCCCCUCAUUCAUAAAAGACAGCCUAUGCCAGAGCAUGUGGCCAGCUGCCGACGUCCAGCCGCUAAGCUUUGAUGAGCUGGCCUGGCAGGAGCCUUGGCUUUAACAAGCUAUGUUGAGAAGCAGUGCUUUACACAGAUGCUAGCAACUUUCUCAUGACUUUUUAUUCCUUCUUUCCUUUGCCCCCUCCCCCCUCUCAAUUUUGUUCUCCUUUUUUGCGGAUUUCAAUCAAUAAAGUUGUUCAUAAAUGUUUUGUGUGCUUGGCAUAAUUCAGUGUUUCCUUUUCAUUCAGCCGUGACUGAUGUUUAUGUGAGUUCAUACAGAAGUUGCAGCAGUUAUGACCCAGGAGAGAAAAUACUGUAUAUUGAUGCAAUGUGUUUGCUUCGCAUGUGCACACACACCUACACACGCAAACGUCCUUUGCUCCGGCUAUCAGAUGAUUACUACUGUCAUUUUGCUUGCUGCCAUAAUUCCAUAAUGCAUAGUAGACUCCAUACAUGUUCACAGUUCACAUAGCCUACAUGUAUUUCAUCAGAUUAAUAAAAGGCUAUGUAUUCUAAACAA